UUCAGAAUGAGCCGAAAGUGCCCAAAUUGUGGCAGUUCGGAAAUUGAUGAUGAUGCGGCUCGUGGUGAUUCUACGUGUAUGGGAUGUGGUACGGUAUUGGAAGAGUCAACCAUUGUUUCGGAUGUGGCAUUUCAGGAAAAUGCUGGUGGUGGUCAUUCCUUAGUGGGACAAUUUAUUUCGAAAGAACGCGGUCAACCAACCAACCUUUCUGGCGUACCCGGUUUAUCGCAUCAGGAAUCCCGGGAAAUUACUUACUACAAGGGAAGGAAAUUGAUCGAAGAGAUAGCAAGUCAGCUUCGGAUAAAUCAGCACUGCGUUAAUACAGCAUUUAAUUUUUUCAAAAUGUGCGUUUCACGUAAUUUUACACGUGGACGUGUUCGGUCACACGUCGUAGCAGCAUGUUUAUAUAUGACUUGUCGGCUGGAGAAUACCGCACAUUUGUUGCUGGAUUUUAGCGAUAUCACCCAGGUUAAUGUGUUCGAUUUAGGACGAACAUUGAAUUUUUUGACACGAUCUUUGAAAAUCAAUCUUCCAACUACUGAUCCUUGCAUGUAUAUAUUACGUUUUGCGGUUUCACUCGAUUUUGGUACUAAACAAAAAGAGGUGGUAUCUUUAGCAACUCGAUUGGUACAACGAAUGAAACGUGACUGGAUAGCAACGGGAAGACGACCAACUGGUCUUUGUGGUGCAGCACUAUUGCUUGCAGCCCGAUGCUAUAAUUUUAAUCGAACGGUUGCCGACGUUGUACGUGUUGUGCAUAUUAGCGAAGCCGUCGUUAAGAAACGUCUUGAUGAAUUCGGGCAGACUCCGUCGAGCACGUUAACAAUCGAUGAAUUUACAUCAGUCGAUUUGGAACACUGUGAAGAUCCACCAGCAUUUCGCGAAUCACGUCGUAAAGCACGUGAGUUACAAUUACAGAAGGAGGAGGAAGCAUUGAGGAAGAUAGAACUUGAGAUGUCACCAAUGGAAGCGGAAGUUGAGCGAGCUCUUGAGAAGCGGCGAAAGGAACGCUUCAAACGGACACAAUACGCACAGAUGAUGAGUGGUUCGUUAGGAUCUGAAUCGGAUGAACUUACUCCAGCAGAUGCUGUAGUACGAAAUGAAAUUGUUGAUUUAGUCUUUUCUGCUGCAAGAAGUACUACUCCGCUAUCCGAUGCCGGCAUGUCAUCCACUUAUGCACCUUCAUUAGUUAGCCUUGGCAUAACACCAAUCAAGAAUGAAGUAGAACCGAUUAUUGAAACGAGUAGUGAGAAACUUAAUAGCAAUGAAGAACUCGAUUUGGAGGGAAUUGAUGAUGAAGAAAUCGAUACAUAUAUCCUAACCGAAGAAGAAGUGGAUUUGAAAACCCGUUUCUGGAUGAAACUAAACGGGGAACAUUUGAAAGAAAUGGAGCGACGGCGUCGUGAAAGGGAGGAAGAAGAACGCGAAAAAGAUAAUUCAAUCAAAAAACGACGUCGAACAAAUGGUAUCCGUAAAAAGGAGCCCAUCGUUGCUGCAACUGCGCAGGAAGCAAUGGAAAAAGUUAUACAUGAAAAGAAACUUUCAAACAAAAUAAACUAUGAUAUUCUAAGAGAAAUCGAAGAUGCAGAUGAAACUGUUAUCAGACCUGAAAUGGACUGCAGUACAAGUGAUGUAAAAGAAGAAACCAGUGAAACUAGCGAGCACACGUUGUUUAAAGAUAGUAGAAAUCUCACCUUAACUACAAGGAAAACUCUGAAAACUAGGAGACGUUUUCGACCAAACGUCAAUCUCGCAACGAAAAAAGCAGUUGAGCAAACAAUUUCAGUUAUAGCUGCAUCGAAUGCUGCCAAAAAAAAUGCCAGUCAGGAAGAGAAAGAAUCUACAAAAGGCUUAUCUAUGGCGGAUGAAGAACGUACCCCAUUUGUUGGCGAAGUGAAAACGAACGAAAGAGGAUAUACUGGAGCUCAGUAUCGAGUUACAAGCGAUGUUGGUAGUGCGAUAACAGAAGCUGGCAUAUCCUCUACAUCAGUAGAACAUUGCAGUCCAUCCGUUUCACUGCCCAAAACAGAUAGAGUGGAUUCUUCCCAAGCUGGGACCUCCCAUUCAACUGCAGAGUUUAUGGGAAAGGUUGGUCGCUUUACAAGGAAAAGGCCGGCGAAAUUAACUGUUGGAGAAAGUUCCGAAUUAAUUAAUUUUAACUCUAAGAAUGCAGCUGUAACAGAAAUACCGUCCGGAAAACCGCGCAUGGCUAAAGCAAGAUACGCGAAGAUGCAGCCAAAUCUGAAGUCUGUUCAAAAAACUGACAAGUCUGUCGAACAGAACUGUCAGAAGUCGUCUCUAGCGGUUGCAUUUGAGGUUCCAGGAGAAAACAAUAUCGAGGAUGAGGGUAGACAGCAAAGGAAGGGAGAUACAGAAAUCCCUUCAACACCCGGGAAUUCGAAAAUGGAAGUCGUAAGUCCUGAAGGUGUCAGCAAAGAGUCACCGGCGCAAAAUACUAGUGAGAUGCAUUCCACAAAAACAAAAACGACGGGAGUUGUUGCGACUGGAAAAACGAGAAGUCGGUAUUUGAGAGUGAAGCCUAAUUUGCUGAAACGAUCCGAAACACAAGCAAGCGAGAAAUCCUGACGAGCUGUUGAAAUGUUGCUUUUGAAGAAUGAAUAACAGAGAAAUCUUGAUCUGAGACAUUCAGUUUAAAUAUGUAUGCUCAAUGUAAGUAAUGUCUUUUUGUUACAAAGUUUCCAUACUGUAUUAUUCGCC